AUGAGUUCUAUAGCAUCAAACACAAGUUAGUCAACAUCCACAUCAUCGACUAAUCAACAGUAGUCGCCCCAGCAAAACAACUCGAACUCAUCUCAAACUUAAGUUUAAAGAAUCCAGAGUUGGAUGAUGCCUAAGAACCUGUCUUGCAUUUAGGAAGCAGAUGAGUAUAAUGAGGAUAAGACUGAGAGUGUCAUUAACAGAAGCUAAUUUCAAUUUAUGUAUGGUUAGGGUGAUUAAUCUAAACUUGGAUCUUAAUUCGAUGGGAAUAAGUUAUCACCUCGAAACUUUGAUAUAUCUUAUGAACUCUCUCCACCUAAAGAUGGAACAUCUUAUACUAAGCAGACAAUGAAGAUAAAUGAAUCAUGGAAUGCUAAUAAUAUCUCAAGAAUUACAGGCGCAAAAAUGGACAUUAGCUCCUCGAACUUCAUUGACGAUUCAAAGAUGAUAGAGAUGCUUCAGAACGAGAAUGAAAACAUAUUUGAGGAGAUAGAUAUGGGAUAGAUUGAUGAAGAAGACAGGUAGUUUUUGUUGAUUGAUAAGGAUACUGGAAGAGUUUACGACAUGAGAAACGAAAUGCAUCUCUAGAGAUUGCAGGAGAAAUAGACAAGAUUGACUGGGGAUGCAAACUCAUCGAUGACAAACCAAUCUUAGAAGGCAUGGAGUGACUGGUGGAAAUAGAAGAGAGGAAAUAACUAAGACUUUCUCUUUGCAGCUGAGUAUGGGAAUCUGGAGGAGGUUAAAAAACUUUUAGAUAAGGAAAAAUUACAAGAUUUAGUAGCUGAUGUAAAUACUAAGGGAUUAGAUCAAUGGACAGCUCUACAUUUUGCAGCUAAUGAGGGUAGAUUAGAAAUUGUCAAGGAAUUACUUCUCCAUCCAGAUCUUGAAAAAGAAAGCUUAACAUCAAUCAUGAGAGCUCCCUUGCACCUAGCUGCGAUAAGAGGGCAUACAAAUAUAGUAAGGGCACUUAUAAAUGCUAAAGUAAAUAAAAACGUCAAGGAUUUCGAUGAGAACUCUCCUCUUCAUUAUGCAAGCGAAUAUGGUCAUUUUGAGUGCAUAAUAUACCUAAUUAAGGAAGCAGAUGUAGACCCAAUGACAAAGAACAAAUUCGGAUAUACUCCAUCAGAUAUUGCUCAGAAUUUCUAGAUUAGAGAGCUGUUCUAAAAACUCCUACCUCAUCUUUAGCGAUAGAGCAGUUAAGAGGAAUAAAAAUGCUUUUACGGUAGAACAGCAUUUAAUGGCGUUUUAAGGCAUAACGAUAGAGUGAAUAGUGUCUAAAAACUGAUGCAUGCCUACUAAACAGUUGAUAAAUUUUUGCAAACAAAUAAUAACAAUGAGGAGUUAUUGAUCUAGAAAUUAGAGGAACAGGAAGCAAGAAUGGCAGGAAAAGUGGUAGAAGAUCAUAACAAGAUUCAAAAGAAGAUAGAAAAACAUGAGAAGAAAUGGAAAUAAAAGUUUAUUAAGAUUUGGUAGUACAAUGAUGAACUGUAAAGAGAGCUAGAAAAUUCUAAGAAUAAUGACAUUGAGUAUUCAGUUGGUCCUCAUAAUUUCUAAGCUGUAAUGAAACUAGGACAAGGAAGUUUUGGCCAAGUUUAUUUAGUUGAAAAGCUUACAGUGAAACCAGAUGGAACUAUAUAAAAUUCUGGAAAAACCUAUGCAAUGAAGAUAUUGAACAAAAAGCAGAUAUUGGGUAAUAACCUAGUAAAGUAUGCCAAGACUGAAAGGGAUGUGCUUUCUUAUACCAAGCAUCCAUUCAUAGUUGGCUUGAAAUAUGCAUUCUAAACUCCAGAGAAACUAUUCUUGCUGCUAGAUUAUGCACCUGGUGGAAACAUGAGCAGAUCUUUACAUAAAGAUAAGAGAUUCUCUGAGGAUAGAGCAAGAAUGUAUUUAGCAGAGAUUCUACUUGCACUAGAGGAUCUUCACAAGAGAGAUAUUAUAUUCAGAGAUCUGAAGCCUGACAAUAUAGUAUUCGACGAGGAUGGCCAUGCUCUUCUCACUGAUUUUGGUCUCUCCAAGGAAGGUGUAAUGACUAACUCUUAAGCAAGAAGCUUUUGUGGAUCACCUGCUUAUCUAGCCCCAGAAAUGCUGAAAAGAUCUGGUCAUGGUAAAUCUGUAGAUUGGUAUUUACUUGGAUGUGUGUUCUAUGAAAUGCUUGUAGGUAUUCCCCCUUAUUACUCUAACAAUAAGGACCAACUAUAUCAAAACAUUUAAAAUGGACCAUUGAAACUUCCUAAUUUCUUAUCCGAUGAAGCAAGAAACCUUUUGAUAUCUCUACUGAAUAGAAAUCCUUACAAAAGAUUAGGGUCUGGCAAGAGAGAUGCAGAUGAAAUAAAAGAGCAUUAAUUCUUUGCCCCAAUAAAUUGGGAUGACGUUUUACUAAGAAAACUCAAAGUCCCUAAGCCUUACCUCAAGAAACUAAUAAAGCAAGAUUUUCCAACAGAAAAAGUCUUUGGCAGGGGAGCCUUCGAUGAAACCCUAAAGAAUUAGAAUAGACUCAAUGAUUGGAGUUUUGUCAAGAAGUGA